AUGGCGUAUUCUCUCGCAGAUGGUAAUUCAACGUCAUCACUAACAGCCUUAGUUAACUCGACGCAAAUUCCUUCUGAUUCGAUUCGUACCGGAUUGCAGAUAUUUGUGAAGAAUGCUAACCGUUAUAUUCUACCAGUCAUUAUUGCCAUCGGAGUUCUAGGGAAUGUGAUUUCCUUUCUGGUGUUUCUCAUCACUGCUCUCAAAAAAAUUUCGACAUCCGUCUACCUAGCAGCCUUGGCGCUCUCUGAUACAGGUUUUCUACUCUGCGUAUGGAUUGUUUGGUUUGACAAUAUGGACAUGCAUUUCUUUCACACGAACGGAGUGUGUCAGAUCGUUGUCUAUUUGACGUUUGUUUUCAGUUUCACUUCUGUUUGGUUUGUUAAUGCAUUUACAAUGGAAAUGUACAUAUCUGUUUUUCAUCCCUCCAAAGCUGCGAAAGUUUGCCGCCCGGUGUACGCUAGGAUCGUAGUCGUCUGUAUUUCGACCUUCGCGGGCAUUUUCUAUGCCUUCUCGCUGUGGGCUGCAAACGUGGUGAAGUAUAAAGGUGGCCAGAAAUGCCUCUUCAUGCAGAACGCCGAAACAACAAUGAUCCUGUCUAUACUAGACACUUUUCUCACUCUUUUGAUCCCUUUCCUGAUGAUUAUAUUUAUGAUUACCAGGCUCCUGGUGGAUGUCUCUAGCCUUUACAAACGACAAAGUAGCUCUAGGGAGUGUGGUAACGGAAAUAGUCGCACCGAUGCAGGAACUGACAGUAUGGCGACCGAAGAGCCAUCCAAUAGCGAAUCUCCAACCCGAAAUCAGUCAAAUGAAGCCCAGGGAAAUCGUGCCCAGUCCAAGUUAAAACAAAUGUUGUUAGUGGUCGUGAUGGUUUUUCUGGUUAUGAAUUUACCAAGUCACGCAAUCCGAGUCCAGUCAUUCGUCCGAUCCUUGGUUGAUCAUACCUACCGAACGGACGCGACCGAAGCCCUCUGGCAACAACUGUUUCAGAUCCUCUACUAUCUGAAUUUUGGUGUCAAUUUCAUCCUUUACAGCUUGUGCGCUAAAAGUUUUCGAGUCUGUCUGAUGCGACUUCCAUCUGAGCUCUGCCAGUCAAAUUGCCGAUGCAUCCGAGUGAAAUGGACACGUCUCUUCAGUGUCUUUACUAAGAGUAAGGACGUGGACGAAAACGAAAGAAGAGCACUGGAACAUUCUCGUCUCGUUGACAUCCACCUCUCUGCCAUGCACCUUUCACAGAUCCCAUCAUUUGACAGUGAAUACGUCUGCAAAUCUCCCCCAUGUCUCUUAAGCCCCGACAGCACUGCAGUAUAA